UAUUAAAUAGUAAAAAUGGGUUGGAGAGAGUAAAGGCACAUAAUCACAUGAUCUAGCUAAUUUAAGUUUGCCUGCUCACCUCAUAUCUCUAUACCACCCCUAUUGCUUCCUAACCAAGAGACUGAAAACUUCUUUGUUCCAUCACUUAUAACCCCUGUGACUUUACUUUUUCUGUCUCCCUGGUUACACUGGGUCAGAGGUCAGGCUUCUUCAUACUAGGAGUCACAUGGGAGAAGAGUUGAGCAUCUUCCAAGACACUCAGGAGGCAGGAGACCUCCAGCUUCAUAUAUUUGGAUACAGGCCCAAAUGGUGGGGCUGACACACAAAAGGAUUUUCAAAACUUUCUUUUCUAAAAGUAAAGUAGGGUAUACAUUUAUGUUAAAUUCCCACGAGAUCUACUCAGUUUCAUCUUUAAAAAAAGUUUCAGCUUCAGCUAGAGCUAAAGAAGACUGAUUAUGAGGCUCCUUGGUAUAUUCCUGCUGCUCUCCAUGGCUCUGUGCUGCUUCUUAGAUACUGUUCAAGCUACAGCAUUUCUCAGAGAGCCUACAUGUGAAUGCUCAGAAAUGUAUGACCCUGUCUGUGGCACUGAUGGACAAACAUAUCUCAAUGAAUGUGAAUUGUGUAGGGAAAAUAGGAAAAAAAUUAUUCCUGUCUGUGUCCUAAGAAAAGGGGUCUGCUUAGUAUCCCAAAGAUCCUGGUGCUCCCGUUACCAUAGCUAAUCAGACUGAGUUUUAAAUAAAUGCAUGAGAUUGA